AGCUAGUCGUCGUCCGCCCUCGACCUAAUGAUGAAUGACGACGCUAUCGCGCUAUCGCUAGUAUCGCUAUGCCUGAGACGCCGCCGUCGCCGUGAACCGCGUCGCCCCCGACCCGACGUGCAGGACGUUCAGCGCGCUCAUCAUGUCCUCGAGCUCGGCGUCGGAGUCGUACGGCGUCGAGAGGAACCCGUCGAAUUUCGGCACCGCGUCCUGUCGUGAGGGCGGGAGGAGUCGAAAGGCGUCGGUCGACGUCGUGAGGCGUCGAGGUCGGGCGUCGAAAGGGUCGAGGGGCGAUGGGCGGAGAGACGCGCCGGGAGAGAAAUUCCUUAAGGAACGGCGUUCACCGCGCCGACGCGGUCGUAUGGGGACCAGUGUGGUAAUAGAACGCGCCUGCCCGUCCUUCGCCGCGUUCGCGUCGCGAAGACACAGCACCGUGGACUUCCGCUCCCGGCACUUCGCGCCUCUCGAGUCCACGUCCACGAGCUCGACGCGCAGCUUCGCGAGGAACGAUUUGAUCGCGUCUCCGUCGCCGCGGAGGAUCAGGUACGCGCCGUCGACGCGCCCCGCGGGGAAGCCGCCGCCUGCGUGGGUGAAGCGAUCGGUCAGUCGAACGUCUUACCGGUCAAACGUUGAAAGGGAAGCGCGGGUGAAGAGUGACGACGGGAAAAGUCCUUAA